UUUUUCAAUUAUUUUUCUCAACUUUUAGAUCCAAAAGAGAAAAUUGACCCCAGCAUUACUUCCAACCAACAACUGGUGUCGGUCAACAAAGGAGAAACUACGUAUCUUCCCUGUGCUGCUCAGGGUCAGCCUCCUCCAACCUACACUUGGUUUAAAAUAAAGGGGUCCCAAAGAGAACGAAUUCAUUCUUCGCCAAAGCUUCAACGACUUCACGGAAGUCUAAGAAUAUACCGCGUGGAGCUGGAAGACGAAGGACGAUACCUCUGUGUAGUCAACAAUUCCCUUGGCGAAGACUACACGCAGGUUGAGGUAAAGGUGUUGGUGCCUUUACAAGUGCGGGUUGAGCCUCAUUCGUUACUUGUGCUUAGUGGUGGGUUAGCAACACUCACGUGCAGUAUUGCAGGACAUCCAAUUGACUCGAUCGUUUGGACAAAGAACUUUCGCCCCCUGGUGACAAAUGGAAGAGUUAUCCUCCGAGGAAAAGAAGUGUUACAUAUAAAGUCCGUGCAGAAGGAAGACCAAGGGAUGUAUCAGUGUUUUGUAUACAGUCAAGGGGGCAGUCAACAGGCUACAGCCCAGCUUGUGGUUGGAGGGGGCCUUCAACUACCCGUUACCGGUAGACAGCAGGUAUUCCCGAAUGGUACCUUAGUUAUUCACCAGGUGGCUAGGGAUUCUGACCAGGGAAAAUACACCUGCACAGCAAAGAACAUAGAGGGCGCUUCAGAUCACCAGUCAGUAAACGUCAUCAUCAUCAGUAAGUGA